GCAGGCGGAGCGCAGCGGGGACUGUGGCGCGGGCCGCGCCGGCGAUGCCGCGCCCCCGGGCCGGGCUGUAGCGGGGCCGCGGCGGAGAACGCGCCGGGCGGGCGGGCCAUGGAGGUGGUGGACGAGACCGAGGCGCUGCAGCGCUUCUUCGAAGGUCACGACAUCAACGGGGCCCUGGAGCCGUCCAACAUCGACACGAGCAUCCUGGAGGAGUACAUCAGCAAGGAGGACGCCUCGGACCUCUGCUUCCCCGACAUCGCGACUCCGGCCGGCGCGGCCUCCUUCCCGCACGGGCAGCCCGCCCUCCCCGGCUCCAGCGGCGUCCACUCGGGCGGACCCUCCCCAGGGCGCCAUGGGCCCCUCGCGCCCCCCAGCUACAGCGCCCCGCUCAACUGCAACAACAACAACGGCCUGGCUGCCGCGCCCAAGCCCUUCCUGGGGGGCUCCGGGCCCCCCAUCAAGGCAGAGCCCAAGGCUCCCUACGCCCCAGGCACGCUGCCAGACUCGCCCCCCGACUCGGGCUCCGAGGCCUACUCCCCCCCGCAGGUGAACGACCCCCAUCUCCUGCGCACCCUGACCCCCGACACCCUGUGCCACGUGGGUGUGGCCUCCCGCCUGGAGCACCCGCCGCCCCCUCCUGCCCACCUGUCUGGCCCCCCGCCGCCACCACCACCCCCGCCGCCACCCCCGCCGCCCCCGCCCCACUACCCGGUCCUGCAACGGGACCUGUACAUGAAGGCGGAGCCCCCCCUACCCCCCUACGCGGCCAUGGGGCAGGGGCUGGUGCCCGCCGACCUCCACCACACCCCGCAGUCGCAGAUGUUACACCAGCUGCUGCAGCACGGAGCUGAGGUCCCCCCACACCCCUCCAAAAAGAGGAAGCAUUCGGAAUCACCCCCCAGCACCCUCAACGCCCAGAUGCUGAACGGAAUGAUCAAACAGGAGCCGGGGACCGUGACUUCCUUGCCGCCCCCCCACCCCAGCCGCGCCCCAUCCCCGCCCUGGCCCCCCCAGGGCCCGCUGUCCCCAGGAGGGCCUGGCUCCUUGCCCCUCAGCAUUGCCCGCGUGCAGACGCCGCCUUGGCACCCACCAGGCGCACCCUCCCCAGGGAUCUUGCAGGACAGCGACAGCCUCAGUGGCUCCUACCUGGACCCCAACUACCAGUCUAUCAAGUGGCAGCCACACCAGCAGAGCAAGUGGGCCACACUGUGUGACGCUAACUACAAGGAGUUGCCCAUGCUCACCUACCGCGUGGAUGCAGACAAGGGCUUCAACUUCUCGGUGGGCGACGAUGCGUUCGUGUGUCAGAAGAAGAAUCACUUCCAGGUCACGGUGUACAUCGGUAUGCUGGGCGAGCCCAAGUACGUGAAGACGCCCGAAGGUCUCAAGCCCCUGGACUGUUUCUACCUGAAGCUGCACGGAGUGAAGCUGGAGGCCCUAAACCAGUCCAUCAACAUCGAGCAGUCCCAGUCCGACCGCAGCAAGAGGCCCUUCAACCCUGUCACGGUCAACCUGCCCCCUGAGCAGGUCACGAAGGUGACGGUGGGGCGGCUGCACUUCAGCGAGACCACUGCCAACAACAUGCGCAAGAAGGGCAAGCCCAACCCGGACCAGAGGUAUUUCAUGCUGGUGGUGGCGCUGCAGGCGCACGCGCAGAACCAGAACUACACGCUGGCCGCCCAGAUCUCGGAGCGCAUCAUUGUGCGGGCCUCCAACCCAGGCCAGUUUGAGAGUGACAGCGACGUGCUGUGGCAGCGGGCACAGGUGCCCGAUACUGUCUUCCACCAUGGCCGUGUGGGCAUCAACACGGACCGGCCCGACGAGGCGCUGGUCGUGCAUGGCAACGUCAAGGUUAUGGGCUCGCUCAUGCACCCCUCGGACCUGCGCGCCAAGGAGCAUGUGCAGGAGGUGGACACGACCGAGCAGCUGAAGCGGAUCUCGCGCAUGCGGCUGGUGCAUUACCGGUACAAGCCUGAGUUUGCAGCCAGCGCUGGCAUUGAGGCCACCUCCCCCGAGACUGGCGUCAUUGCCCAGGAGGUGAAGGAGAUUCUUCCCGAGGCCGUGAAGGACUCUGGAGAUGUGGUGUUUGCCAACGGGAAGACCAUCGAGAACUUCCUGGUGGUGAAUAAGGAGCGGAUCUUCAUGGAGAACGUGGGGGCUGUGAAGGAGCUGUGCAAACUCACGGACAACCUGGAGACGCGCAUCGAUGAGCUGGAGCGCUGGAGCCACAAGCUGGCCAAGCUGCGGCGGCUGGACAGCCUCAAGUCCACGGGCAGCUCCGGCGCCUUCAGCCAUGCUGGGAGCCAGUUCAGCCGGGCAGGCAGCGUCCCCCAUAAAAAGAGGCCUCCCAAGGUGGCCAGCAAGCCCCCAUCCGUGGUCCCGGACCAGGCGUGCGUCAGCCAGCGCUUCCUGCAGGGGACCAUCAUCGCGCUGGUGGUGGUCAUGGCCUUUAGCGUGGCGUCCAUGUCCACUCUGUACGUGCUGAGCCUGCGCUCCGAGGAGGACGUGGUGGAGAUGGAUGGCUCUCUUGCCGUCUCCACUUCCUGUCUCCUGGCCCUGCUCCGGCCCCAGCAGCCUGGGGACGGUGAGGCCGCGUGCCCGUGGUUUAACCAGAACUUCGGGACCACUCAGCUCCGGCAGGCCCCCGUGACCUCGGGGACCCCAGGCACACAGCCCGCUCUGCUGCUCGUUCCCACCAGCCUGAGCGGCUCGGACCCAGGGCCAGCCCUUCGCACCUUGGACCUCUGCUCCAGCCGUCCGUGCCCCGUGAUCUGCUGUGCCUCGACCCCUCCCAGCCCCACAGCCCCUGGCCGCAGCCUGCGCCCCAGCCCCGGGCCCCCCACCAACCUCUCAGCCCCGAGCCCGGUGGCCCUGCUGCCCGUCACUAACAUCAGAGCCAAGUCUUGGGGCCUCUCGGCCAAUGGCAUCGGCCACGCCAAGCACCCGAAGAGCCUGGAGCCCAUGGCCAGCCCCGCCUUCCCCUUCCCCGGCGGGCAGAGCAAAGCCAAGAACAGCCCCAGCCUCGGUCUGCACGGCCGCGCCCGCAGAGGGGCCCCCCAGCCCAGCGCAGGACCUGCGCGGCCCACUCAGGCCGGAGCCCAGCCAGGUGCGGCCCCUUCCCUGAGCUCUGUGCAGUUGCUGGAGAACUCGAUGCCCAUCACCUCCCAAUACUGCGCCCCAGGAGACGCCUGCAGGCCCGGAAACGUCACCUACCAUAUUCCUGUGAGCAACAGCACCCCACUGCAUCUCAGCCUGACCCUGCAGAUGAACUCCUCGGCGCCUGUGUCGGUGGUGCUGUGCAGUUUGGCGUCUGAGGAACAGCCGUGCGAGGAGGGGGUUGCGCCACAGAGCCCCCAGCCCCACCAGGACACCCAGGGCACCUCGCACCAGUGGACGGUCACCAUCCUGUCCUUCCGGGAGUUCACCUACCACUUCCGGGUGGCACUGCCGGGGCAGGCCAACUGCAGCGCAGAGGCCGCGGGCCGGCCGGUCUCCGACUACUACUUCCACUUCUACCGCCUGUGUGACUGAGCCGGCUGCAGCCGGGCCCGGGGCCCACGGCGCCCCGUCCACACUGGAUGCCACUUGUUACACUGGAGCCCGUCCUCCCGCGCCCUCGGG